AUGAAGUUCGUCGCUUUGACCAUCCUGGCCGUUCUGGCGAUCGGAACAACGGCGUUCGUGGUUCCCGAAAAACCGCAUCCGUUUGUCGCCAAAGUCGGCCAUGGCGCGUUCUGCAGACCCUGCGAGGACAUUAUCAAGGUGAUAAUAAAAUAUCGAUAGACCAUUUGAAAAAUAUUCUUAAGGGCGGUGAGGAGGUCGGCGACGUCGAUUUGGACCAUUGGCUCGACGUCAACUUCACGAUUGUCUGCGAUUCUGUCCUUCUCAUUAUCCAUCACGAGUGCGAGGAGGAGCUGAAGAAGGUAAUCUGAAUCGCAUGCAUACAUGGGAUAGUCUCGGUGGGACCUGAAAAAGGGAGAGGACUUGGCAAAAAUAACGAGAAAGGGGGGUGUUGGCAAAAACCGUAAAAAAAUUGAUUCAGGGUGCAGAAGCGAUUUUUUCUCAGUUGAAAGUCAUCGUGAAAAAGCUUUAUAUUUGUUCUUCGAGCAUGGGGGGAGGGGGGGCUUGGCUGUAGCCAGUCAUGCUCAACCUUGAGGCCCGGUUAAGGCCGUACCGACUCUGGCUUCGAAAAAAAGUAACCCGGCUACGGUUGCAGGAAGUGGCUCAAAAAGUUGUGUCUGCAAUCCUGACGUCAUAUGAUAACAGUGGUUGAAAUUUCAUCAAAAUCAAAAAAAAAAUUUUUCUGUACUCGUUGAUUUUGAGAGCUACAGAGACAGCGUGUUAAAAUCGAUUGAAAGCUUAAAUUUGAUCAUAUUGAACACACGGUGUUUUUGUUAGUGGAAAAAAAGGCAAGACCAAAAAAACGGUGGACGGGGCCAAAAAUAUCCACCGUUCCCUUCCCCCAUGACGUUAUGGGAACGGUAAAGAUUUCGGCUCUAUGAGCUUAAAUAACAGCGCAUAUUAAAGGCGCAGGCCGCCGUAUUGCCAAAGUUCUUCAAGACGAAUCGAAAUUUCUCUACAUAAACGCGAUUUUCUGCGCGAAAGCGGCGCAGUGCAUGCACACACUUUACGGAGAAAAAGUGGGCGUCGUCGAAAAAACGCCGUGCAUAGUGUUUAUUUUCGUACUCCUUCCUUUAAUGGAUUAUUUGUUGAAAAUGCCAAAAAUAUAUUGAAAUUCUCCUUUUCAGGUGAAGAAACAGCUGAAGAAGGACAUUGAAGAUGGCGUCCCGCCAAAGAAAGCCUGCAAAGACCUCGACUUUUGCUAA